ACCUUGACUGUACCGCGUCCAGUAGUGCCACUGACGCUGGACGAGGCGGACGUGUAUCGCUCUUCUCAACAUGAGUACCACAAAUCCAGUCCUGUAUUCGUACUACCGCAGCUCUUGCGCUUGGCGUGUCAGAAUUGCUCUGGCAUACAAAGGAGUAGAGUAUGAGUAUCGUCCAGUUCAUCUUCUCAAAAAAGAACAGGUGAGUGAUGACUAUAUGAAGCUCAACCCCAUGGGCCAGGUUCCAGCACUCGUCAUCGGUAGUCGCACAUUGACGCAGUCGAUGAGCAUCCUGGAGUACCUAGAAGAAGCCUACCCUCAAAAGCCAUUGCUACCCAAGGACUUGUUUUUGAGAGCAAAGGUGCGGGAAGUAUGCGAGGUGAUAGCCUCUGGGAUUCAGCCGCUACAAAAUCUGUCGGUGCUGCAGAAGGUUGGCGAUGAAAAGAAAAUGGAAUGGGCACAGUUCUACAUCAAUAAAGGUUUCAUUGCCUUGGAACAGCUACUAGCAGGCUGUGCAGGAAAGUUUUCAGUUGGAGAUGAAGUGACCCUGGCUGACUGCUGCCUUGUUCCCCAGGUCUAUAAUGCAUUCAGGUUUAGGGUAGAUAAAACACCAUUCCCCACAAUCAUGCGGGUCAAUGAUGCUCUCAAGGACUUGGAGCCAUUUAAAGCAGCCGAUCCCUCCAAUCAGCUCGACUGUCCGGAAGAAAUGCUAUAACCUUCGACGAAGCAAUUUUGAAAUAUGGUAAUUAGCACCUUUAGUUAGCCUGUUUUGAUAUUACUGUGCCAUACUUGAAUUACAAAUAGUUAGAUAUGGUAAUGAGGUUUGCAUUGAAGGUGAACAUUUGAGUGUGACAUCAAUGCAAGUUGCUACUUGGUUGUCUUAUAGACAACGGAUGAAAUAAAGAUAAAAUGGAAUUUCAAUUUGGUUCUGGACAAUGUUAGUACAUUCAUUAAAUAUUGGUUAGGUUAUCUUGAGGUUAUCUUGAGAUGAUUUCGGGGCUUUUUAGUGUCCCCGUGGCCCGGUCCUCGACCAGGCCUCCACCCUCAGGAAGCAUCCCGUGACAGCUGACUAACACCCAGGUACC